AUGAACGAAUUUCUCGACAAUUGCCACUCGAUCGAGCAAACUAGCGAUGACGUGUUCAAAGACAAAACGAGGAUAGCGGAAGUAGCUGCUGCCACAUUGUGCAGAUUGAACAGCAUAAUGAAGCAGAUGAAAGACUGGCGGGACGACCGCAUGAAAUUGCGAUCCAACAUAUGGCGUUUGAAGCUUGCGUUACGCGUUGCCGGAAGGGAGACGGACGGCGGGGUCCACGCUGACCCAUUGAUCGAGCAACAGAAAGAGGAAAUCAAACGACUGGAGACGACCAACAGAGAAUUGAAGAAGGAGAUCGCCAAUAUUAAAUCGAGUCUGCUCAGUAAAGGGUACGUGACGCAGGAAACGGAUUGGAAAUCCGACGACAAGCUCGUGGAAGUUGAGCAGGAGUAUUUGAUGGAGAGGGAACGUUUGAACAACGAGAUCCAGUAUCUGAAAAGUCGGUUGAACGAGGUCGAGGAGGGUCAUGUACACAGUUCGGAAGUGGAACACUUAAAAUGCAAGCUGAAGCACUUCAUGAUGGUCGACUACACUAUGGAGAUUAUAUUCACCGAUAUAGUUAACAAAGUGGCCGAGACUAUAGCGAAUUUGUCCGAGGAGUUGGUGAACGUGAACGAACGUUUGCACAGGUCCCAAAUGAGGAACGACAAUCUUUACGUGGAGAUCGAUAAGUUGAAAGCGAUGCUCAGAUUCAAGAACGGCAACCUAAUGGAUUACCAGAGGAGGAUAGUCGAGCUGGACAAUGUGACGAAACGUUUGAAAACGGAAGUGAACAAGUUCAAGGUUAGUUACGAGGAGAGCUCGUGGAGCAUCGGGUCGAGCAAUUUGAAGAACGUGGAACGUUUCGUCAACGACUUGAAGUACAAGUUGAGGAACGAUCACGAGGCUCUGCUUGGCGGCGGUGAUCCGUAUUGUUUCAUGUACAUUCAGAAAAUCAUCGAGUUGCGGAUCAAUUUGCGACAAUUGCACAUCGAUUUGGCAAAAUCGAUCGGCAAGGAGCACAGGACCUCGGAGAAGCUGAUGGAACACAACGAAUACAUGAAACAGCUUUCCAAGUUGGACUCGAUCUUGAAAGAGAUCAACAACGAGAUCGACAAGUUGAAGAGCAAUCACGUGAAAAGGCAUUAUAAAAUCGGCGAUUCCGAGGGCCUCGAGUAUUUGAAUAAGAUAGUAGAGCUCGAGGCGAUAAUCGAGGAGAUACAAUCGGCGAUGAACAGGUUGAAUCGUUGCUCGAAAGGGAAGUCGAACGAGUCGAAGGACAUUGAAAAAUUGGAGGAAUUCGUCGGUAGAGUGUGCCACGAGAUCAAGCAAUUGGAAGUGAUCGUGGUAUCGAGCGAUCGUUUGAGCGUGUUCAAGAGGAUCGACCAGCUCGAGGAGUCGAUCGUUCGCUUGAAGACCGAGUUGAGCAACAAGGAGGCGCACAUGACCGACCUCGACCAGGAAUUAGUCGACGCGGACAGUAUGUUGAAACAAAAGAUGGUGGCGCUGCAGGACGCGCGCCACGAGAUCACGAUACUGAUACAGGAGAACAAAGUGUUGAAGGAGAAGACGAACGUGAUGGAGGAGAAGACGUCGGAGCUUCAAUGCGAACACGAGGACGUAAAGAAGGAGUUGGAGCAGCUGCAAUACGUGAAACACGAGGCAAAUUUAACGAAGAAAAAAUUGCAAAGUCUUCAGGACGACAAAGAGGAGUUGUUGAACGAAAUGCAGAAAAUUCGCGACGCCCUGAACAAGAAAAACGAGGAGACGAAGAUCGUUCUUGCCGAAAAGAAUACAAUGGAGAGGGUGUUCAACGUGAAAAUCGCGGAUUUGUCGAAGAAUCUUCAGAUCAGUUCGAAGGAGAAUGAAAAAUUACAGAAUAAGGUGAACGAAUUGGAACGGAUGAAAUAUAGGCGGGAAGCGUCCAACGUCGAGAAGGAGAACGAGAGUGCGAGACGCCUUAAGGAGAUAACGGAGAAGAUGAACAACGAGAUACAGUUAUUGAAGGUAAACUUGAAAAUUUCGAAGGAGGAUUUCAAUCAUGCGAAUCGAGAGAUUGCCGAUUUAAAAAUUAAAUUGGAACAUUUAUCCGAUGAAAAGACCAAGUUAGAGUCGAGCGUUGCUCAGUUAGAAUCGAAGAAGGAGAUACUGGUGUAUCAAUUGGGGGCCGAGAAAACCACCGCCGACGAGAGGCUGAAAGAGAUCACCAAGUUGAAAUCAGAUUACGUCGACUUAGACGUCGAGAAGGUGAAUCUGAAAAUGGAGAAGGAACAAUUGAACGCGAAUUUCACGAAUUUGAAGGUAGAGAAGGAACAGAUAGAGAAAUCUUUAGAAUUCAUUCAAAGCAAGUGUUGCAUGUUCGAAAAUAAAAUUGAUAAAUAUAAGUAUGAGCGCAACAAUCUGCUCGAAGAAGUGAGAAAUCUUAAGGUGACCAAGGAAACUUUAACCAUCAAAUUGGAAGAGACGAAGUCGCAAUUGGACGGAACUGGAGAUAAGAUAAGACAAUUAGAGGUUGAAAAUUCGAAACUUCAUAGUGAUCUCAACGAAUUAACUGCGAAGAAGACGAGCCUUGAACAAGCUUUUGAAACCCGUGAACAAACGCUUUUGUCGGAGAACCACGACCUCGCAACGCGUGUUAACAAAUUGGGCGAGGAAAACCAGACGUUGAAGAAUCAAUUGAAGGAAAUUAAAACGACAAACGAAUAUUCCAACGUCGAGUUGAAUAAACUCAAGACGGAAUAUGACAACGUGAAGUUGGAAAAUACGACUCAAUUGGACGAGUUAAGGCAAUGUAAUGAAAUGUUGAAGGAAAUGAACAACGAGUUGAAAAUGAAACUGAAUGAAAUUCACAGCGAGUACAGAAUAUUAGAGAAUCAGUUGAAGAUCUUGGAAUUGAUGAAUACCACGUUGAAGAAGGAGAAAGAAUUAUUGGAAAAAGAAUAUAUGAACGCUCUGCAGAGAUUGAGAAUGGAGAGGAUGGAGAAGGAAGGAAUCACGUCGGGCAGCGAGUCAGUUUCUACCGAGCAAAACGAAGAAAUGGAAAAGGGGAAAUUUGAGAAACGCCCGAAAAAGGAAAAGAUACCGGAGAAAGAAGAAGAGAUUCAAAGGCAAAAGUCGAAUGCUGUGGAAAAAAAGACGAAUGAAACGACGAUUAAACCUAUCUCGAACAAAUUGGAGAUCGUGAAUCUUUAUUACAAAGAGAUUAACAGUUAUUCGUCUCGUGGUUUGAGGAAUACAGAGGCGGUAACGCACAUAGACCAAUCGAGUUUAUGCCUGUACGAAGGUAUGAAUCGUGGGUCGGACAUAGAGAUCGAAAAAUUACUGGAAAUAAUGAACAAAUUGAAAGUGGAGAACAUUGCCUUGAGAAUGGAAGUGAACUCUUUGAGAUGCAACUUGAUUAUUAAUUUCUCUGAAGACGAGAAGAAGAAGAAAGAGCUACGGAUAGCCACGGACGAGAUUCAAGCAUUGAAAUCGGAAUUGAAGAAACUGAGGGACGAAAGGGAAUCGUUGCGGAUUAAAUUCAAUACAACUAAUGCGAAAUUGGAUCUGUUAGAAUCUGAGAAAGCUGCUUUGAAGAACGAACUGUAUACUAUAAGGAACAUUAAUUCCGAUUUCAAACAAAAGAUAAGCGAUUUACACAGCACGUAUCAAAAAUCGAAGGAGAAGAAUUUAGUAUUCGAAAAUUGUAUCGUGAAAGCAAUUAAAAAGAUAGAGAAAUAUACUUUAUGCGAUAAUAUGCAAAUCAAAGGUAAUAACGAAUUGAAGGGUAGAGUCAGUGCUUCUCAGAGGAAUAAAGCGGUCAUCCAUCACGCGAAGAGAUUUCAUUUCCUCCUACUUGGCGAUGACAUCCUAUGGGUCACGGCACUGCAAACUUCUUCGCAUCUAUCGGGUAGAGUCAGUGCUUCUCAGAGGAAUAAAGCGGUCAUCCAUCACGCGAAGAGAUUUCAUUUCCUCCUACUUGGCGAUGACAUCCUAUGGGUCACGGCACUGCAAACUUCUUCGCAUCUAUCGGGUAGAGUCAGUGCUUCUCAGGGGAAUAAAGCGGUCAUCCAUCACGCGAAGAGAUUUCAUUUCCUCCUACUUGGCGAUGACAUCCUAUGGGUCACGGCACUGCAAACUUCUUCGCAUCUAUCGGUACCAUUGUCACGUAUCGUUUAUCCUAUUUACUAA